AUGAAAUUUGGAGCCCAUGUUGGUUCUUCUGGAGGUGUUUCAAAGUCGGUUUUGAAUGCCAUGGAUAUCGGGGCAAACAGUUUUGCACUUUUUUUGAGGUCUCCUCGGCAAUGGGCGGCUCCACCAUUAAGCUCGGAAGAAGCCGAAAAGUUUAAAGCACUCUGUAGCCAACAUGGCUACGACCCUGCUCGCGAUGUACUUCCCCAUGGGUCGUAUAUGAUAAAUAUGGCCAAUCCAGACGACGAAAAGGCGGAAAAGUCGUUUGGGUUGUUUCUCGACGAUCUUCAACGAUGUGAAAAAUUGGGCAUAGGUCUCUACAAUUUCCAUCCUGGCUCGGUUAUCGACGGAGAAAAGAGCGAUGGCCUCGAAAAGUUGGCCAGCUACAUCAACAGAGCCAUAAAAGAAACAUCAACGGUCAAAAUAGUGAUCGAGAACAUGGCUGGCCAUGGCAAUCUCAUCGGCUCAGAUUUACAAGAUAUCAAGACAGUGAUAGAUUUUGUAACCGACAAGUCCAGAGUGGGUGUGUGUGUCGAUACGUGUCACAGUUUCGCUGCUGGAUAUGAUAUAUCCACCGAGCUGGGAUAUAAGGAAUUCUGGGACAAGUUUGAUAGUAUAAUUGGUCGUCAGUACCUCAGUGCUAUCCAUCUCAAUGAUUCUAAGGCUCCUCUCGCAGCAAAUCGGGAUCUUCACCAAAAGCUUGGUCUUGGCUACUUGGGAUUGGAUGUGUUUCGCUUCAUAGCAAACGAUCCAAAACUUGAAGGUCUUCCAAUUGUUCUCGAAACUCCGGUGAAAGACGACGAUACCGUUUAUGGCGAAGAAAUAAAGCUCUUGGAAUGGCUACAGGGUCGCAAGGACGAUGAGGAAUACGCAGCAAAGAGAGAGGCACUUGCCAAACUCGGUGCAUCGGAGCGGAAAGAACAAAUGGAAAAGUUUGAAAAAAAGUCUCAGAAAUCCAAGAAGACAGUAAAGACAAAAAGACAGGUAAAAAUCGACGAGUCUCCAAAUGGAACCCAAAAAAAGAGGAAAGUCACCACCGUCACCACAGCAAUCAAGGACGAGUCCGAGACAACCACUAACCAAUGA